UAAUAGCAAACUCCUAGACAAAACUCCUAGACAAAAAAAUCAAGUUGAAAAACAAUUAGGACAGUUGAAUAUGGGGUAAAGAUUUUUGGUGGUGGAGAAUCAAUACCAAGAGUUUCUAGUACGGCAGAUCAUAAUAUGUGGACAAAACAAACCAUUUUUCAGUGCUUCGUAUUCAUCAUGGUGUGAGCAUUACAAUGGUAUGACACACAGAGUGUGUUUGUAGCCCCAGUGGGAGAUGCAAUGAAUGAUCCACACUGGACUCUCCAGUCAGUAUAUAUGAAGUAGAUUAAUAGAAUAUUGAAUUAUGAGACUGCUAUGUCAAACGACAUCCACCCUGUUGAAGAGUCCUUGAGCAAAGUAGAUUUUUUUUUACAGUCUCAAAAAGGUCACCAUUAAGAAGUACCAAUGUUUACAAAUGUUUGUAGUGGACAGGGAGGACUCUUGGGGUUUAUUUGGGGUUUCAAGGAAUGAGUCAUGUAAAGUGACCUCGGCUGGGAAAACAACAUUUUUUUCGGGUACUAAGGCGUUUUAUUGGAUCAUUUUAGUUUGAAUUUAUUUGUUUAUGGGUUGAUUCAGUGCCCCCAGCUCACCCCUCACCCCCUUUGUACGAGGAGAAAAAAGUUGGAAAUAGAAGUUGGAGAAACAGAGAAGCACAUUCGUAAAAAAAAAGGCCAUUGCGGUUUAGUGGCUAUGACACAUUCGCCUCCUCCCUUGAAAUAUGUGUGCUGAUCCAGUCACUGCUGUCGCCAAAUCAAAAGUUUAGAAACAUGUAUAAUCUGUCCUUCCUUCCUUUGUCAUUCGUCACCCGCCCUCCAGCCCAUUAACGCUCUAUUAAAGCAGUCACAGAGGAGUGCUUUACAUAGUGUUGUUGUAAUUCAUAGGGGCCAUUGGCAUGUCCCAUCAUGUACCUGGGCUUGAUCACUCAGACCCCUCAACAAUUAGGGUGGGCCCGAGUUUAUUGUUUGCGUUCAAAGGUGUCUGCGUUGAAGAAGGGAUUAAGGGAUUUCCUCUCUUUACCUUUAGACCGAUCUUUUGGUGGAGGGGUAUCUCGGUUAAGGCACAUGUGCCACUACAUUUAUCUGUGAACAGCAAAAUGGAAUGGGACUUGAAAAUAAGUGCGCAUGGCCUUUGAAGUUAGAACUGACAUUUUUUUCACAGGAGAGAGAAGCUGCUGCCAGACUUGCAGAGCAAAAGAAAGAGUCACGGGGGUAAACAUGUGUGCUAUUCAGAUUAUGAGCUGGAGCCCACUUUCAUCAAUGGCCAAACAAUCAUGUCCAAACAAAGGACUCAGUGAUGGGACACUUGGGUCUGAAGGGUCAACACCCCACCCAUCUUAUUACCGAGAUAGAGAAGAAGUGCACAUGAAAGAACACUGAUCCAUCGCCCAUUGCCUCACUCCCACACGCUGUCCCAGUCAUUGCUCCCUUGGUUUAUCCCAUUCUGAACCCUUUUUCUGCCCCUCCCCUGACGCAGCCCCAAUAAAAUCCAUUCCCAAAUUGCCACCUAGAAGAGCGCACGGCUGCGUCACGCGGUGCGCAACGGAACGUGAUGAGGGAACGAUAGCGCGACUUUAUAGAGGAUCGCGUGUCUUCUUCUCUCCACAUGAAGGAGGACUCUUUAUAAAAAAAAAAAAAAGAAGAAAAAGGAGCCGCAUCUCCAGUCUGUAGCUUUCGACUUGGUGCCGCGCGUAAAGCUCCGCGUACGAUGGUGACGAGCGCCUGGGCGACAGUGGCCACCGUCCUGUCGUGGGCUCACUGCGCGCUGGCCGCGCAGGUCGCCUUCUCCAACUUCUCCGCGGACAACGAGGUGCGCUCCAGCUUCAUCCAGCGGCGGCUGCGGAGCCAGGAGCGCAGGGAGAUGCAGCGGGAGAUCCUCUCCAUCCUGGGGCUGCCGCACCGCCCGCGGCCGCACGUCCACGCCAAGCACAACGCGGCCCCGAUGUUCAUGCUGGACCUGUACAACACCGUCUCCACGGACGCGGCGCUCUUCCCGGGCUACUCGUACUACAGGCCCGUCUCGCCGACCCAGGCGUCCCCCGCGGUGACCCCACAGGACAGCCGCUUCUUGGAUGACGCAGACAUGGUGAUGAGCUUCGUCAACCUCGUUGACCCGGGUCAGGAUCUUCUCUACCAGCAGCACCGGAGGGAAUUUCGUUUCGACCUCUCCCGUAUUCCGGAGGGAGAGGCGGUCACAGCGGCCGAGUUCAGGGUUUACAAGGACUUCAUCCAGGAGCGCUACGAGAACGAGACCUUCAGGGUCAGCAUCUACCAGGUCCUGCAGGAGCCUUCGGACAGUGAAGUGGAGCUGUUGCUGCUGGACCAGCGGGAUGUUUGGGCUGCAGAGGAGGGCUGGCUGGUGUUUGACCUGACCCCCACCAGUAACCUUUGGCUGGUCAAACCUGAGCAGAACCUCGGCCUGCACCUGGUCUUGGACGACAGCCAUGGCCAGAGGAGGAACCCCCGACUGGCCGGGCUGGUGACGGGCAGCGGACCCCAGGACAAGCAGCCCUUCAUGGUUGCCUUCUUCAAAGCCAGUGAGGUGCGCUUCCGCAGCAUCCGUUCUGCCCAGGGCCACAAGGGUCGCCAGGCCAACCGCUCCAAACCUCAGAGGACCGUUCAGGAUGCACUGAAGGCAGUUGAGGCUGCAACAGAUAACCUUGGCUUUUCUAAAGAGGGAUGCAAAAAACACGAGCUGUAUGUCAGUUUCAGAGAUUUGGGAUGGCAGGACUGGAUCAUAGCACCAGAGGGCUAUGCGGCAUUCUACUGCGAAGGGGAAUGCGCUUUCCCUCUCAACUCCUACAUGAACGCCACAAAUCACGCUAUUGUGCAAACUCUGGUGCACUUUAUCAGCCCAGACACGGUGCCCAAGCCCUGCUGUGCCCCGACGCAGCUCCACGGCAUCUCGGUGCUCUACUUCGACGACAGCUCCAACGUCAUCCUCAAGAAGUACCGCAACAUGGUGGUCAGAGCCUGUGGCUGUCACUGAUGGCCCGGCCCACCUCCUGUGACUUUUGCACGCCCGGAGGGGAUGCUUAAAAAGACCGAGGUGGAGGAGGCGCAGACAAGAUGAUCAAACGGCGGAGCUCCCGCCACAGAACUAGCUUUAUUCUGGGGAACUGUUUUUUAUGACCAGCAGCUGAGCCGCCCAUGCAGUAUUAACCACUACCACAAGCCCAAUCAGAGCCAUUGGUCACAGAGAGAGGCUGAACAAAGGCUUUCCUUUGUUUCCUUUUAGUGUGACUGGAAAAAAAGUGCAACUGAACAGUGGGGAGUCACUUUAGAUGCAACAACACAUGGAUUGCUGAAAACACGAUGCAAAACUUUCCGACCAUUUCCCCUGUUUGCAGAGAACAUAUAAAACAGUACACAUACCUGCAUCUAAAUUUCCUUGACAUUUGCCAUGGGAAUAUAAACCGUUGCCUGGGCGGAAAUGUGCAUUUGAUUACACAUUACACAGCUCGUGCAACUUUUAAUCUCCACCCACAGCACCUUGUCUUUUGGAACAAAAAUAUAUUCUGGUGCUGUACUGGCUGUUCAGGAGGCCAGUUGCACCAGCUCAGGUGUAAGACAUCUGGCAGCCUGUGUGUGUGUGUGUGUGUGUGUGUGUGUGGGUGUUUGUGUUUGUGUGUGUGUGCUGCCGAUGUGUGAGGAGCUCAGUGAACAGUGUGUGGGAUUGAAAGGCCUGACUUUUGGGCCCAGUCUCCUGGUGCAGACAUAUAUCACCAGGCCGCGCGAAAGGCCGACGGUCUGCAAGAUGUCAGUGAUUCCUCCUCGUGAGGCGGAACAUCAGGGCGUGUACCGUCACCCCCGGCUGCAGCUGCCUGUCUGGAGUCAGAGCAGAGCUGCAGGUGAUCAAACCGAGGCUGGAAUUUAACGUUGUCAAGAGUAAAGUAGUUGAAUAAAU